UAUGAGCUUUGUAUUGUUCGUGUUUAAUAUUAUUCCUAGCUACUACAAUUUAGCUUUUAUUUUAGGAUGGCUCCUACCAAUGAUAGAACUUCUCACCACGAUGUUGUUUCUACAUCAGAAAUCUAUCCGAAUUCCAGUUCUUCUUUCGAGACCACCAGCAACCCGCCAGGGUCUCACGAGUCUUUCAGCAUCUUCGGGGACUCAGCUUGCGGGGAACCCUUGUCUCCUCAACAUUUGAUGUUAGACUUUACGCCUAUAGAAGAGAUAGAUAACGAUUUCGUUCAAAGAAAGUGCUGUGCCUUCUGGGACUUCCUGAAUAGUAGAACGGAUUUACAUAGUUUGAUGGUCAUGCCGGAGAAGAAUCUUUACGACUUAGCACUAAACAGUGAGCCGUCGUUGAGAAAGGAAUGCACCGGGCUGAUGGAGGAGCGUGCGUCAUUUUUAGGGAAAGAAAAGACAGCAGUAUCUAUGUUGGAGUUUGUGGAAGAAAAAGGGCUCAUAGACCGGACGUUUGAAGCCAAGCUGCCGCAGUCCAUGUGCUCGCUCGGCUCCCGGGAGUACCGCGAGAACGAAGCCAGCGCGCGGUUCAAGCCUACUGCCCAUAAGAAAGAAAUGUGCAAGUGCAGCGGGGACUGCAGAUGCUGCCCGAGCCAGGCGCCCGCCGCGAGCCCCGAGGUACUGCUCAUGUGCUCCAAGAUGAGCGAGUGGGACAAGAAGCACCCCAAGUCUAUGGAGCCCCCGGGACACCCCCCUGCGCUGAGUCGCUGCGUCAUGCAACGCAAAGUCACCACCUAGCCCACUGCUGGGACAUCUUUUUAGCUCUUUAUUUCAUAGUUGCUUAA